CCGGACAUUGUUGACUGUAACGCACAUCCUGCCAGCUGAUCGGAGUUGUGAAGACGUGUACUUUUCUGUGUCCAGUCUCAACUUGGCGUCCUUCGCCAUUCGCGUUACUUUUUCUUUCUUUUUUUCUACCGUCGAUUACGCCUUUUGUGUGUUUAUUUUUUUUUUGUGAUGGCGACGGUGGAGGAACUGAAGCUCCGUGUGAGGGAGUUGGAGAAUGAACUGAUCAAGUGCAAGCAGCAGCAGAGCGCCAUGGGAGAUGCUCGCAGGGCGCAGCAGACGCAGAGACCCAAAAUUGAGCAAAUGAGCGCGGACGUGGUGGAUUCCAACCCUUACAGCCGCCUGAUGGCUCUGAAGAGGAUGGGCAUUGUGGAGAAUUAUGAGAACAUCAGGACUUUCACGGUGGCCGUGGUGGGUGUUGGUGGAGUGGGCAGCGUGACAGCGGAAAUGCUGACUAGAUGUGGCAUUGGUAAGCUGCUGCUGUUCGACUACGACAAAGUGGAACUGGCCAACAUGAACAGACUGUUUUUCCAGCCUCACCAAGCCGGCCUCAGCAAGGUCGAAGCAGCCGAACACACGCUCAGGAACAUCAAUCCAGAUGUGUCGUUUGAGACCCACAACUACAACAUCACCACACUGGACAACUUCACUCACUUUAUGGAACGUCUCAGUCAUGGAGGCAUAGCGGAGGGAAAGCCCGUGGAUUUAGUCCUGAGCUGCGUGGACAACUUCGAGGCCCGCAUGGCCAUCAAUGCAGCUUGCAAUGAGCUUGGACAGGUCUGGAUGGAGUCUGGAGUCAGCGAGAAUGCCGUUUCAGGACACAUUCAGCUCAUCAUUCCCGGAGAGACUGCCUGCUUCGCGUGUGCUCCUCCUCUGGUGGUGGCCACCAACAUUGACGAGAAGACCCUCAAGAGGGAAGGCGUAUGCGCUGCCAGUUUACCCACGACAAUGGGCGUGGUGGCAGGAGUCCUGGUCCAAAAUGUCCUCAAGUAUUUGCUAAAGUUCGGCAGCGUGAGUUAUUACCUGGGCUACAACGCCAUGCAGGACUUCUUCCCCACCAUGGCCAUGAAAGCCAACACCCAGUGCAACGACCGCCACUGCAGGAGACAGCAGGAUGAGUACAAGAAGCGAGAAGCGGAGCGGCCGAAGGUGGAGGUCGUCCAGGAGGAGGAGGUGGCGGUGGUGCAUGAAGACAAUGAAUGGGGUAUUGAACUGGUGUCUGAGGAGGCCAACGAAGACACGCAGGCAGCAGCGGCGGCCGCUUUAGCAGACCUCCCUGAAGGCAUCGCUGCGGCGUACACCAUUCCAGUUGUGAAUACAGAUGCUGGCGAGACUGUAGAAGAGACUGAGCAAAGCCUGGAUGACUUGAUGGCUCAGAUGAGAAAGUUAUAGACUGCAUGGCCUCCAAAAUAAAACAACUCGUGUCUUUGUCAUUGCAUUCUUUAAUGACAUCCCACAACUGGCCGAUGGGGAAAAAAGAACGCUUCUGAUGCAUGGAAAUUGUUGGACAAAAACAGGAAUUCGAUUUUUUGGGGACACUCAAAAGUGGAAAAUAUCACUGUUGAAAUGCUGCAAUGCUUAUGAAUUAAUCUUGUCUUAAUAAACAUACUGUAUUUAUUAGCAGA